AUGGCCGAGCAACAAAUCUCCAAUCUUCUUUCCAUGUUUGACGCUUUCCAUGCCAACCAAAAGUUGGAAAUCACAGUUCAAGUUACAGAUCCUUUCCAUUACAGAGAGACACCUCCAGAGUCUUCCUCCUCAGAAGGAGGCUCCUUAUCUCGCUAUGAGGAGCGACGUGUCUGCCUUGCUCUCCCUCCCAAUGCACCCUCUCCAGACUUGGUUUCUCAGCUAUGCUUUUCAACAGCUGUGAGCUCCGAGCUCAACACUAGGUGGAAGUCACAGCGCCUCAAGGUCGCUGAUUCUCCAUACAACUACAUUUUGACCCUUCCCUCCAAAGGCAUUCGUGGGGUUUUCAUUGACUCGUUGAAUGUCUGGCUCGAUGUUCCAGAGGAUAAAACCUCGGUUAUCAAGGACGUGAUUGGCAUGCUUCACAACUCCUCUCUCAUAAUCGAUGACUUUCAAGAUAAUUCCCCACUUCGGCGUGGCAAGCCGUCUACGCAUACUGUCUUUGGUCCAGCCCAAGCAAUCAACACAGCAACGUACGUCAUCGUCAAGGCAAUCGGGAAAAUACAGCAGAUUGUCAGCCACGAUGCCUUGGCAGAAAUAAUUGGUACUAUAACUACAAUCUUCGAGGGCCAGGCAAUGGAUCUUUCGUGGACGGGUAACACUAUUGUUCCGUCUACCCAAGAGUAUCUUCUGAUGGUCAACGACAAGACUGGUGCCCUGUUUAGGUUAUCGCUCGAGCUACUAGCACUGAACUCUGAAGUGUCUGUCAGUGACAGCAUGCUUGAGUCUCUCAGCAGCGUUGUUUCGUUACUCGGGCAAUAUUUCCAGAUCAGAGAUGAUUACAUGAAUCUUAUUGAUAACAAGUACACUGAUCAGAAAGGAUUCUGCGAGGACCUGGACGAGGGGAAAUACUCGUUAACUCUGAUGCAUGCUCUGCAGAGUGACUCGAGUGGUCUUCUUACCAACAUCUUAUCGAUGAGACGAGUCCAGGGAAAGCUCACGACACAGCAAAAGAUGCUAGUGUUGGAAGUGAUGAAAGCCAAUGGUAGCUUAGAAUGGACGAGUGCACUUCUUGGCAUGCUGCACACUAGAGUUCUAACCGAGAUUGGAAGCUUGGAAGUGAGUUUGAAUCGAGAUAACCCUGCUCUUAGGGCGUUGGUGGAACGACUCAAGCUCGAGACUUAA